AUGCAGAGGGAGACUUGACGGAUACUAGGCAACAAAUGGUCCCCGGUCCAUGGUUCUGUUCUUGACUGCCCCAGACCGAUCCUGUCCAGCAGUUGGGCUUGUCUGGUUGGUAUGCUCCUGUUCUGCUUGGGACCAGGCCUCGUACGUUACGUUCAAUGCUGUAUCACACGACUUCUCCCAUGUUGAUAUCCCGUCAGUGCGCGUCCUAGUGUAUACCCGAGCAUUCCGAAGAUACUCGCAGGGUGUCAGGUCAGUUUCUGUGUCCUGCUCUGUUUCGUUUGCGUUUCCCUGCCCGGCCCCCUCCCCGGCUUGCUUGCUUACAGGCAUGGCUACGCCAUCUGAUUUCCCUUUACGAAGCUGUGCAUGCAUCAUGCAAUCAUGCUUUUAGCACUACAAUCCAAGCGUAGGACACAGUGUUAGCUCUGGAAGCACAGUAACUAACUCGUGUGAUAACCGUUAGGCCCCUGAGUCAAUAACAACCUACAGAUAUCUCGCCUAGCUAGGUACCUUACCUUAGGUGGUUCAAUC